GUUGCGAGGCGGGGUCUAUUUCCUCAUCACUUAAAAACGUGAACGUUUUCCUGGGUGUGGUGUCAGAUUCAGACAUUUGAGUUCCGUUAGCAGGAAGUUGGGGGAUUGUGGCUCAAUAUUAAAUGCGAGUGGAGACGGAGAGCGGCCAGAAGCCGAUGGGCAGCAGAAGCAUCUGGUUUUAAAACAGAAGCCGGAGAUUUGCAGAAAGAAAAACUGUUCAUUUGAACAAAGUUUCAGUUGGAAGUGGAGGAAGUUUGCAAGAAAGCAAAAUGCCAAAAACGAUCAAUGUUCGGGUUACCACCAUGGAUGCUGAGCUGGAGUUUGCUAUCCAGCCUAACACCACUGGCAAGCAACUCUUUGAUCAGGUUGUGAAGACUAUUGGGCUUCGUGAAGUCUGGUUCUUUGGACUUCAGUACCAAGAUACAAAGGGCUUUCCCACUUGGCUGAAACUCAACAAAAAGGUGACUCAGCAGGAUGUUCGUAAGGAUAGCCCAUUACUCUUCAAGUUUAGGGCAAAAUUCUUUCCAGAGGAUGUAUCUGAGGAGCUGAUUCAGGAGAUCACCCAACGCCUCUUCUUCCUGCAAGUGAAAGAGGGCAUUCUGAACGAUGACAUCUACUGUCCCCCAGAGACUGCUGUAUUGCUGGCUUCUUACGCUGUGCAGGUCAAAUGCGGUGAUUUCAAUAAAGAUGCCCACAAAACAGGCUAUUUGUCAAAUGACCGUCUGCUUCCACAACGUGUCCUGGAACAGCAUAAGCUGAACAAAGAACAGUGGGAAGAUCGGAUCCAAAUAUGGCACGAGGAACAUAGAGGAAUGAUCAGGGAGGAUGCCAUGAUGGAAUAUCUGAAGACUUACAGAGGAAUAAAGGCCACCUUUAUGAGACACAGGAGGGCUUCCAACGCCUGUGUGGAAUCAGACCUAACAAGACCGGAGCAUUCAGGUGCCUGUGAAGGAACCCUGGCUUGUUCAACAUGCCAUGUAAUCUUUGACAAGGAGGUUUUUGAGAAUUUGGAUGAGAUUGCAGAUGAAGAAAUGGAUAUGUUGGAUUUAGCCUUUGGACUUACUCGCACGUAA